AAUUCAAUCUGCAAGUUUAUUAGACUUUGCCAUUGUUAAGUAAUUUUGUGUGGAAUAUUUCAUACUUUGCUCAGGUUAUUCGUUUUGAAAUCAGUGACGAGCUGCCAAACAUCACUGAAUCAUUAUUCUGCUGUAUGGCCAUUGCAAGAAGAGACAAAACGUAAAUCUGUAAUCAUUAAACGAUACAAGCCAUCAUUUUAGAAACAAUUUGAAACAUAUAUGCACAAAAGAUUAUGUUUGAUACAUUAUGCAACAUAUAGAAAUGCUGUCAUGUGAAGCUCCUGAUGCUGAAUGCAUCACAUCUCUAGCUGGUGUUAUAAAGACAAAAGAAGAUGUUCCUGAAAUGUUGAGUGAGAACGAUGUGUCCAAAAUAUAUUCUGAUGAUGAAGAUUCUGAUGAAGAUGAUUUUGAUCACAAUUUCACCAGAGGAUUUCUUGACGGCUUUUACCGUAUUCGCAAAGACGUCACUGAAAAAUUAAAACAAUUUUCUUGGAUAAAUGGAUAUUGCGGGAUAUCAUUCAAGCCAGAACCACGUUUGUAUGUGACUAUAGUAAAGGAGAGAAAAAAUGAUGAAGAUUCUUUGAAGAAUGAGAUCAACCACAAAUUUGGUUGAAAAGCGUCUGAUUAUAUUGAUUUUCGUUAUGCCAAUAGCUAAGCAAAUAAAUUUUGAUUAGCAUAUUCAAAA